UAACUCAUCACGAGAGAAAAGGAAGGGAUUAAUUAAAUGUUUAAGAAGUGUCGCGUGCACACCCUGCACCCCUGCACUACAGGGUUGCGUAUUCAAUGAAAAGAUUCUAUCAGUAUAACCAUGUACUUUUAUAAUUAAGGGAAACUCUUUAUGGCAAUGAGCCGUUACAUCCUUAUACGGUAAUCCAUUAAUUAGACUCCACGGACAUUGAAAAUAAACUGGGCCAAAGUCAUCAAUGAAGAUUUAAGCAAAAGUGAAUAGCAACAAUAUUGGAUUCCCUGGCUGCCCCUUUGUUAAAUUCUUCAGUUACCCAAAUAGACUUUUCAUUUCAGAAGUACAUUCCUCUCUCUUUCUUUUUUUUCUUUUCUUUUUUUUAAUACGCAGAUUACAUCAAACCAUUUUUGCACUUAGAUUCUGAUACCUUGAGAUGUUCUUGAAUCCAAUGCUCAGUCUUUUCUACACGAAAUGCAGGAAAGUAACUGAACUGUGGCUGCUCCUCGUAGCUGUAUCCAGUGUUAUUAUGGGAUAUUUCAUUGGGUCAUCGUUUCACAAGGUUUCGUCGAACAAGAUCCAAAUGCCCGCACUGAACCAUAGUGCAGACGAUAACAACCAUACGAUAAAGUUUGAUUCAGCUUCGUCUGCAUGUGUUUCAAACUCAAGUCAAUGGUUUAAUACACGUAACAACACAAGGAUAUAUGUGGCAACAAAUCCGCGAGGAGCUGAAUCAUUGCCCCCUGGCAUCGUCGAGCCUUAUUCAGAUUUCUAUCUCCACGGAUUGCAGGAGAAUUCCAGCGAGGAUUUGGUGGGGAAACCAAAGUACUUGUUAGCUUUAGCAGUUGGGUAUAAACAGAAAGAUAUCGUAAACGAAAUUAUCCGGAAGUUCUCAGGUAACUUCUCCAUUGUGUUGUUUCACUAUGAUGGGAGGACAAGUGACUGGGACCAGUUUGAAUGGUCACACAGAGCAAUUCAUAUCAGUGCAAGAAAACAGGCUAAGUGGUGGUAUGCAAAGCGUUUUCUCCAUCCGAAUAUUGUAUCCAAAUACGAAUACAUAUUUAUCUGGGAUGAAGAUCUCGGGGUCCAGCAUUUCAACGCAGAAGAGUACUUGAAACUAGUCAAGAAACAUGGCUUAGAGAUAUCCCAGCCUGGAGUUGAAUCAAAAAAGGGUUUGAUUUGGUCAAUGACAAAGAGGAGGGACGGCGUUGAAGUCCACAAGAAAGCUGAAGAAGAUCCAGGCAAGUGUAGCAACGGCCAGCAUCGGCCACCAUGUGCAGGGUUUGUUGAAAUAAUGGCCCCAGUUUUCUCUAGAAAAUCUUGGCAAUGUGUUUGGCACAUGAUCCAGAAUGAUUUGGUUCAUGGAUGGGGCCUUGAUCUUGCUCUCUGGAGAUGUGUAGAGACGCCACACGAGAUGAUAGGUGUUGUUGAUGCGCAAUGGGUAGAGCAUAAGGUUGUGCCGUCCCUUGGAAGUCAGGGCUCAUCAAGUAAUGGAAGACCAGCAUGGGAGGGGGUUCGGAAUAGGUGCUUUACUGAAUGGAGAGAGUUUGAAAGACGAAUGUACAAAGCAGAGCAUGGUAAUGGGUAGCCAGAGAAUGAGGGCAAGGAGAAGAAGAAGAAUCCUCGUAACAUACCUAGAACUUUCAAGCAAAUUGCUAGGUUUCAUAAUUAUUCCCGCAGAAUCGGAAAAAAGAAUCGUGUAGAACAAGACCAUGUUGUCAAGAACAUGAGGAUUUGCCAAUGCACAGUCUUGGCACCUAGAAAGCACCGAGGUUCUGGCUAUUUUGCCCCCUUUUGGGGGAAUUUAGAAGUAUCCUUUUUGCCUUUUUGGUUGAAGACAUUGAUGUUGCGAAAAUCUACCAAAAAUGGACCUUAGUUUUGGAUAUGAAGGAAAUCCCUCCAACAUCUAGCAAUACUAAUCUUUCUUACAAAUUAAGAAGCAGAUUAUUAAAGUUUAAGCCUAAGACCAUUCUGAAUGUCACAGGCUCCAGCCAGAACCAAGAAGACUUAUUAACUCAAUAAAACCCUAGUUCUGAAUACUUGGAGUUAGCUGUGAGAUUUCAUGGAGUCAUCCUCGUCCAACCUAACACCAAUUGCUUAUAGGUGGAGUAACCUCUUUAUCUUAAGCAAGCUUGGAUGACUUAAAUAAACAAUGUGGAAUAAAGUUUCCCUCACUUGCAGUUUUGUAGCGCUAGAAGGUAUGGAUCAAGUAGGUGAGAGAAUUCGCUGGAGUGGAAACUCAA